AGGGCCGGGCUUCGCGCAGUGGGGCUUGGUCGCGCGGCGGCAGCAGCAGUGGCCGAGGCUUCUUGGUUCUGCGACACGUGACGGUCGGGCCGCCUCUGUCGCUGUCUCCACUGCAGCGCGGGGCCGAGUGUGCGGGAGGUAGGAAGUGUGGGCGCCGCCGGCGGUCCCCAGGAGGGUCGAGACCAUGGAAGGGAAGUGGUUGCUGUGUUUGUUACUGGUACUUGGAACUGCUGCCAUACAAGCUCAUGAUGGACAUGAUGAUGAUGAUGUAAUUGAUAUUGAGGAUGACCUCGAUGAUGUUAUUGAAGAAGUAGAAGACUCAAAAUCUAAACCAGAUACCAUUACUCCUCCAUCUCCAAAGGUUACCUACAAAGCUCCAGUUCCAACAGGGGAAGUAUAUUUUGCUGAUUCCUUUGACAGAGGAACUCUGUCAGGGUGGAUUUUAUCCAAAGCCAAGAAAGAUGACACUGAUGAUGAAAUUGCCAAAUAUGAUGGAAAGUGGGAGGUAGAUGAGAUGAAGGAGACAAAACUUCCAGGCGAUAAAGGACUUGUACUGAUGUCUCGGGCCAAGCAUCACGCCAUCUCUGCUAAACUGAACAAGCCCUUCCUGUUUGAUACCAAGCCUCUCCUUGUCCAGUAUGAGGUUAAUUUUCAAAAUGGAAUAGAAUGUGGUGGUGCCUAUGUGAAACUGCUUUCUAAAACUCCAGAACUCAACCUGGAUCAAUUCCACGACAAGACCCCUUACACAAUUAUGUUUGGUCCAGAUAAAUGUGGAGAGGACUAUAAAUUGCACUUCAUCUUCCGACACAAAAACCCAAAGACGGGUGUAUAUGAAGAAAAACACGCUAAGAGGCCAGAUGCAGAUCUGAAGACCUAUUUUACUGAUAAGAAAACGCAUCUUUAUACGUUAAUCUUGAAUCCAGAUAAUAGUUUUGAGAUAUUAGUUGACCAGUCUGUUGUGAACAGUGGAAAUCUGCUGAGUGACAUGACUCCUCCUGUAAAUCCUUCACGUGAAAUUGAGGACCCAGAAGACCAGAAGCCUGAGGACUGGGAUGAAAGACCAAAAAUACCAGAUCCAGAUGCUGUCAAGCCAGAUGACUGGGAUGAAGAUGCCCCUGCUAAGAUUCCAGAUGAAGAGGCCACAAAACCAGAAGGCUGGUUAGAUAAUGAGCCAGAAUAUGUACCUGACCCAGAUGCAGAGAAGCCAGAGGAUUGGGAUGAAGACAUGGAUGGAGAAUGGGAGGCUCCUCAGAUUGCCAACCCUAAAUGUGAGUCGGCCCCUGGGUGUGGUGUCUGGCAGAGACCUAUGAUCGACAACCCCAAUUAUAAGGGUAAAUGGAAGCCUCCCAUGAUUGACAAUCCUAACUACCAGGGAAUCUGGAAACCCAGGAAAAUACCAAAUCCUGAUUUCUUUGAAGAUCUAGAACCUUUCAAAAUGACUCCUUUUAGUGCUAUUGGUUUGGAGCUGUGGUCCAUGACCUCUGACAUUUUUUUUGACAACUUUAUCAUUUGUGGUGAUAGAAAAGUAGUUGAUGAUUGGGCCAAUGAUGGAUGGGGUCUGAAGAAAGCUGCUGAUGGGGCUGCUGAGCCGGGAGUCAUGGGGCAGAUGAUUGAGGCAGCUGAGGAACGCCCGUGGCUUUGGGUGGUCUACAUUCUGACCGUAGCUCUACCCGUGUUUCUUGUUAUCCUCUUCUGCUGCUCUGGAAAGAAACAGUCCAGUGCUGUGGAGUACAAGAAGACUGAUGCUCCUCAACCAGAUGUGAAGGAGGAGGAAGAAGAGAAGGAAGAAGAAAAGGACAAGGAAGACGAGGAGGAAGAAGCUGAAGAAAAACUUGAAGAGAAACAAAAAAGUGAUGCUGAAGAUGAUGGUGGGACUGCCAGUCAAGAGGAAGAAGAUAGAAAACCUAAAGCAGAGGAGGAUGAAAUUUUGAACAGAUCACCAAGAAACAGAAAGCCUCGAAGAGAGUGAAAUAAUCUUAAGAACUUGAUUUGUGAUUUCCUCUCCCUCCCCUUCCCCUGCAAGUGUGGUCCUUGGAGAGGACCUGGCACAUCUUAGGUUGAAACUCAGAAAACCUCAAGACGUCACCAUCAACAGGUUCCAGCUGAACACUAGCCCAUGUAAUUUUGAACAUCUAGCAGUAAAUAAUUGCAGUUGUGACAUAAGGGAUCCUGUUUCUGUAGAAAGCAAGCAUUUAACAUAAUGGUUGUGAAGUAUAAUAUGAAGCAACUAACUUGUGUUUUUUUGUUUUAAACAUCUUUGUUUUCUAAAAUAGAGUGAUAGACCUUUGCCAUUCUUUAAAAUCUUGGCUUAAUUUAACACAUUAAUCUGUCCAUGCAGGUAUAACAUCAACAUUUAGAAAUGCUAGGGGGAUGAAUUGCAGUUUUUAUAACAGAUUUUUUUUUUUAAGUUUGGUAUUAUAAAACAGUUAAGUGUUUCUGUCCCUUAAAAUUGAGAAUCAUGUUUGAAAUGCAGUCCUUUGUGGUUAUAAUCUUGUAUUGCUUGCUUCCGUUACUCAAUUCCUCCUAAGGAAAUCAAGAGGGAUUGGAUGGAAGCCCAAAUUUCUAUAAAGGUUCUGUUUUAAGUUACUUAAAAAGAUACAUACAAAAAGAAAAACCUUUCACUUGAUGUUGGUUAACCAUAAAGUACUGUGUGUUCUGUUGCCCUUGGAACUGCUCAUUUUCCAGAUAACUUGUAGUGGAGGAGGUAGCUUAAUGUGGUACUGGGGCAUUCAUACUUCACACACAGGUGGUGUCUGGUCUCUGGCCUUCUACAACAGGUGGCUUUUUAAGGAACGCUAGCAGGGCAUGUGAGCGCUGGAGUAGAUCCAGAUAUGCUUUAAUCACUUAUUCCACUGUGUUGACACUGUUUUCCUCACCUAUUCCCCCAAAUUCCCAGCUUUCUCCUCUGCUAUGCAUUUCCUUCACAGCACAGCUUGUCGUACGUUGCUGAAAAUGAUUAUAAGCUCUGCAUAGUGUUAAGCUUUAUUGUGAUUAUGUGUAUGUUUCUUUUCCCUUUUUAAGCAGACCCAUACUUUUCCAGGGUCAAAAUACAGGAUGGAAUACAAUCUUAAAUUUUUAUCCCUUUCUUUUAUUCUUUGUAAGGAGUUUAGAAGUCUAAUCCCAAGGCAAGCCAAUUCAGAAUUGACUGUAAUUGAACACAGGCUAAAAGUAUUCAUGGGAGGAGUGACAUAUAGCAUGAGUUACCAGAUUUUUGUAGCUGCUAAAAUCUUUCACAUCUUUGGUUGCAGUUAUGUAACAGCUGUGUCUUAAAUUACACAAUAAAGCAAUCCUGUUCAGCUUUUUUUUAGUAUGUGGCUUGUAGA